GAGAGAGAGAGUAUGUGAGAGAGAGAGAAAGAGAGAGAGGGAGUGAGGGUGGAUAGCGCGCGCAGUGGUGAUAACACUAUCUGUCUAUCUAUCUACCUACCAAAUGACGAGCGUUGCUUUCACGCGCUCCACUCAUCACGCGCGUCCGUGAAGUGGUGUUUCAUUCCUCACUCUUGUUUUUUUUUUCUUCGCAUCACCAAUUUAUUUGGACUCUAGAAAGAUUGCGCGAACUAUCGAAGAGCUUCUACAGCCGAUGUAGGACAUGCUUUUGCGCCACGGAAAUCUCGAUGUUUUAUCUUCCGUUUUUGCUUGUGCUCUGUCUCAUAAUGGCAAUGUAGAAAAAAGUGCGCGGUGACCGCGAGCGCAGCGCACGGGCGAUGUUGACGCCGUCACCUUGCCGUCUGGUUCCCAUCGCUUCUUGACUUUUUUUUUUCAGUGGAGUAUAAUCUAAACGAACUUGUGAAUGUAAAAGAAGGCGGCUGUUGAGAAGCAACCGAACCGUCCAGCUGCCCACGCUGCCGCUGGGUCGCUCUGCACGUCCGUGCGCACUUCUGAGGAGAAAACAGCGAGCAACUAAAAAAGGGGACAAGACGCGUCCUUGUUUUUUGUGAAUAUUUCGCCCAGUCCUCGUUUGGUGCGCUCUGGAGAGACGUGGAGCUAUUUCAAGCUUUCUGUUUCUCGGGAUAUAUAACAUUAGAAUGCUAGCAUCCAUAACAUUUGGAGUAAGGUGUCUAACUUAAGGUGACCAUUACGCUCGAGCGUCGACGUUUGUUGGAACGCAUAAAUGGACGAAUACCAGGAGGACUGAUUCGGAAUUGUUGUCUGGAAAAAUGUGGCUGAAACGGUGUGUCACACGCAGUUCCAUGGUUGCUUGGAGACCUGGAGGAAUGCUGGGAUGUAGAAUGUGGAUCCUCUUCAUCCUUGUACAUUUCACAAUGGAUCUGUCUCUGUGUGCACCAGCAGGCCAGGGGCUCACCCUCAAACUACUGCCCAGAUCAGUGCCCCGUCGGCAGCCGCACCCUCUGCCCACCCGGGACACGCUCAAUGGCCAGCACUUGAGGACUCUGGGUGUCUUGCAUCGUGGUAUUUCCCCUUCCUUGCCAUCACUAGGCAACCACGGGGAGCUGGGGGGCACCAAACUUUGGGGGCGAAAAAACCGCCGGUCACUCCAGAAACGGCAACUUUGUGUGGAGUGUAAAUUGACCCCCUCCGACAAAGGAAAGUUAGUUACAUUACCAGAGGGGAGUAAAUCUGAUUUAAAUCUGCAUUUAUCUCGCUCACGGAGGCAGCUGAAAGGGGACGGCUAUGACUCCCUGGAGGGGAGGACCACCACAGUGGCGGGAUUUAUUGACUGGGGCCCUACAGGGGCCGACGAGGGGCUUGAGGAGGAGGCGAAGGUGACCACAAAUGCCACCGUCACCUCUUUAGCCCCCUCCACCACCACAGUUACCGUAACUAGCCCUACCACACGCAGUCCCCAAAGGACGUAUGCAGUGAUUACAACCGUGCAUCCUAAGAGGCACAGCACCACACAGCCAAGCAACUCCAGAGUGACUGCCAAACCACCGAAACCUUUUGGGGAGACACCAGGUCUGGCUGUUCACCAGAUCAUCACCAUCACUGUGUCCCUCAUCAUGAUCGUUGCAGCCUUGAUCACUACUCUAGUCCUUAAAAACUGUUGUGCGCAGUCCGGGAAUGGCCGACACAGCAGCCAUCAGAGAAAGAUCAACCAGCAAGAGGAGAGCUGUCAGAAUCUGACUGACUUCACGCCUGCCCGCGUGCCCAGUAAGGUGGACAUCUUCACCGCCUACAACGACAGUUUACAGUGCUCACACGAGUGCGUGCGGGCCGGCAUACCAGUGUACACGGACGAGAUGAUCCAGCACACACCCAUCUACAAGACUUCCUACAAUGGAAACAGACCGUCGCCCACUGAAAGGCAGCUAAUCCCUGUGGCCUUUGUGUCUGAGAAAUGGUUCGAGAUCUCCUGUUGAGGCCCUUUUACUACCUUUGGGUUGAGCCCACGUCUUCAGUUUGUGCCCUGGAUCUCAUUGGAAAACCUGUGAAUCAAACACAAAAAAGACUAAAACACAAUAAAGCAAAACACAACCACAAGAACAACAACGACAAGCAAUCAUAAUGACGGGAACCAAGAUGAACAGGCAGUUUUGUACAAAUGUUGGAUCUCUCUAGAAAUGGACUGAAGAUGUUUAUUUUUCUAGACUGAUGCAGUGCUAUGGAACCACUCCCAAAUUAUUUUCCAUAGACAUGUGAUCAUUUUAGAGAUGAUAUAGAGCUGAUAUAUUAUAUACGUGUAUUACUGCACAUGUGGGUGUGCUGGAGUGGAGUUCGGCUGCGGAUAGGCCGCGGGGACGCUCUCUGACACGAUACGUCUGCUUGUGUGGAGAAAAGACUCUCCUGAACUUUGUGCCAAUAAUGCCAUUAUGUGCCACUACAUAUAUAGAUGGGACGCGUUCAGUUUCGUGGAAAAUUACUGACACAACAUCAAGUAAUUUCAGUGACUGUCUCCCAAUAUCAAUCUGUCAUCCGUUUUUGUAUAAAAAGUAUGAAUAUGUAUUUGAAAUAUGUUUUGAAAUAGCUGAGGAAAUGUGUUACAAAUGUCCAAAAAAUAUUUAUAUGGAGCACUAUUCAUUUAGAUGGAAAAAAAAUAAAAAUAAUAAUGAACCCAGUGAGGAAUAGUACAAUACCCAGGUUUUAAUUUCACUACAUUGUUACUAGACCCCGUUUUAAAGGAAUAGUCUCUAUUUUUAUACAAACGAGGUUACUAAUGAGUCAGACAGACCUAAUUUAACUGGACUGUUGGGACUGUUAAUCUGCGAGUGGAGGUUCAAUGAAAUGUUGAAGUGUUUCCUUUUCUUUCUUUUUUCUUGUUUUUAAGCUACCAAACAAUGUGGAUGCCAAAUUCAGUAUUCAUUCAAAGCUUAUUUGAUUUGCCAAAGCCAUUCUUCAGACGCUUGUUGAGUUUCCGUUUCUUAUCACUGAUGAGAAAUUACAUGUACGGGUUAAUCAUGUUUACGGACUCACAGACCCUCAGAGAGGUGUUAGUUUAAGGGUCGAUCCUAAAUAACACAAUCAGUUAUCUAUUAAAACAUCACAAAAUAGCUAAUAAACCACCUCUACAUUUUAAUUACAAAGCUUAAAUUGCAUAAAGACAAGUUAUCAGCCUUGUGCAUAGACUCAAAAAGAACAAAAUAUUAUAUGUUUACUUGAUUUUCGUGCCUAGUAAUUUGUGCCAACUUGAUUUAAUUUGUUUACUUCUGUAUUUUAAUCUGAAACAAAAUCAUGAAUGUCCAUUUCUUUGUGUGCUACAUUCUACUUUUUAAUUUGAGCUAAUAGUUUAUUAUUUAUUGUUUUUCACAGUUUGAUUUAAUUGAGCAGAACUGACUGAAAGGCAAAUAUUCCAUCAGCAGAAACAGUAACGUCUAGUGCCAAUAAUUUUAAUAGCAAUCAGAAAUGCAGUAAUAUACAAACAGCAUGUAACUUGCCAAUCAGUUUAAAUUAUUGAUAAAGCCAGUGGAAAUAAAUGACACUUUGGGUGUGUGUGUGUGUGUGUGUGUGUGUGUGUGUGUGUGUGUGUGUGUGUGUGUGUGUGUGUGUGUGUCUGUCUGUCUGUCUGUCUGUCUGUCUGUCUGAGAUCACAACACUCUACUCGAGCAUCACUAGACCAAAGAGCUCCAUUGUGGGUAGCAGUAUGUUAACAGACCAAGACAGUUAUUCUGUAUAUGAUAUGUAAAGAAAAUAAGAGGGAGGAUAACUAUAUGAUUUUAUCCCAAAAACAGAUGUUUAAUGGUUACAAUUACAUAUUGUACAUAGGCAAACACUGUGAAAGAGGAAAAUAGUUGUUUGCAAUAGUCUGUCAAUGAAAUUGAAACGUCUUGGAGUAAAUUUAAUCAUAGGUUUUCAGAUGUUACUCAAAAUGUUUAUAACCAGUAGAGAGUUGUGAUUCCUGUUUUCAUAUUCAGAAGACAGCAAUACAUAUAAAGUUAUCCCCCCCAAUUGUCCAGUUUUACCAGUUUAUGUGAACCACAAUGGCCAAUCAGGUUAGAUAUUUAGAAAGAGAUAUUUACUAAUCAUAUAUCAUAUGGAACACUAAUGCUCUGUAUUAUGUGCAUGUGUAAAUGUGUUUUCUAUAUAUUUACCUCUAUUCUAUCUUGUGAUUUUUUUUUUUUUUUUUUUUUUUUCCUCUCUAAACUCUCUUUUUUCACAGGAUCAGUGGAAAAAGAUUUUUGUUUACAUUGCAUAAGUCUCUGCAGACGGUACAGACGUUGUGCCAAGCCUCAAAAACACUGUUGUUUCUGCUGUAGCUGUAGUUCUCCUAAUAAUUAGGAAAUUCCAGGUCAUUUGCAUCACAUACUAGGAAACUUCAUGGGAUAAGGUGCAUUGAAGGUGCAUUGCAGGUUUCUGGCAUAUAAGCAGCUCGAAAUCCAUCCCUUUUUUUGGUUAAAUUAAAAACACUUCAGGUGUUUGUCAUUUUCUUUCUCUCAGAGAAGGAAAAUGGCUCCAAACCAUCUCAGUUGACAGCUCAAUAAACUGAACGUCAAUUAAAAACAAAACAAAAAAACAAUAAACCUGAACAGACGACUGGCCCACGUGACUGCCGGCACAGGAGGAGAAGAUUUGUGCUGUGAGUCUGAUAAACAUGUCUGGAGUUUGACUGAGUGUGGAAUGUUGAUUUGCUCUUCAGUCUUGACACGGAGCUCAGAAUCAGUUGAAUUAAAAGGUUAAUUGACUCUGUGCUAAGCCCCACCUUAAACACUACUGACCUAUUCUACCUUAGCAACUGUUGCCAUUUGGCAUAUCAUAAGACAAGCGUUUGCUCAUUUGCUCUAUAUUAUAUUAUAUUAUAUUAAAACGUUUGUCAUUUAACCUUGACUUUGCCUAGAUUUCAUAACAUUAUUACAUAAUUAAAUAUGUCCUUAAAGACAAAAAAUAUAUAAAUACGAUUUGCAAUUUUCAUUCCAUCCCAUGUAAGAAUAAUAUUUUUUUUCUUGCCACUUAUGGGCACAUUUAACUGCAAGUCAUACUUUUUAUGUAAAUCUUCAAUCACUUCAGUAAGGCUUGUCUGAGUUGGCAACAGUGACAAAGGGGGCGGAGCUUAGCGAAAUGGUCAAUUGACCAUUUUCAUCUGUGCGUUACACCUGAAUGUGCUUUCUCAUUCAUUUAGUCUAUUAAAACUAUCUCUGAAUGAAACCUGCUGAAUCCAGUGCAAUAUAAUGUUUUUUUAUAUGAAAAAUGCUUCAAAAUCAGAGCCCUCCUCAUUGUUGACAUGUAAAUCACACACUGCUUAUUGUAAAGGCUUUUGUUGUUGUGUUGUAAUUUUUUUUGUUUUCAUGUGGUACUGUACUCAGGCAUCAUCUAUCUAUGAACAUGAUAUUUUAUAAAAUACAAGUAUCUAAUGUUUACGGACAGGAAUCUUUGUUGGCUUUGGUUCGGUUUGAUUUUUUUUUUUUUUUUUGGGUGUUUUUUUUUUUAGCAGUGCACAUUUGCAGAGUCACAUUUCACGAUGACAGGUUUCAUAUGGUGCAGAACGUACUCCUAAAUGUCACCCUCCACCCCCCAAAAAAAGCCCAGGGCUGUCAGGAGAGAUUAUGCCAAAUUCCUCCUUGUGUGACAGAGAUCCGUAAAAAGCGCUUAAACUUAUAGAAACCGGAAACUCUUUGCUGAGGCUUAGUCAGGGAGUAUCUGAGAUGGUCUUUGGCUUUUGAUUUGCUGCAGGUACAAUUUAUUACAUUGCUCCAUAUUCCAUUCGAAAACAACCUGACACAUGUCCUGUUGUUGCCAUAGAAAUAAAAACUUUGUACUUUGUGUACCUUAACUUUUUAUAUUUGUGUCUAAUAUAUCGAUGAGUACCUCUUUUUUCUUUUAUAUAAGAUCUAUGAAUAUAGUACACAACACAAUAUACGAGAAAACACAUGAAAACAUACACGGAUGCUGUAUGAACUAACAGUCUCUGUGUCGAAAUAGUGCUGUGUACUCUUAUUUUGUGUCUUUGAGUCUCUCUCUUUCUCUUUUUGUAGGUAUUGGUAAAGUUACAUUUCCAGGUGACAUUGAUUUUGAUUCUUGUUCUAAAGCUCUCUGUGUUUUGGCCACUGUAAAUGCAGCUGUCAUCAGAAUGAAUCUGUACAUUUAGUACUCUCUCAAGUUGCUAUUAAUAAGAUGUUAAAAUGAAAUGGGCUGUCUUUCUAUAAACACCAUCAAAUGUUUGUAAAAUGAUUAUGGGGUGUUAUUUGGACUGGGAAAAUGAUAUUGAAAAUAAAAGUCAUUCAAAAAAGAAAA